AUGCCAUUAUUACAAGGGUACGAAUAUCCUAUUGAAGAUUUGCAACCCCUACAUGAUUUGCUAAAAAGUUGGAAAUUAGGAUUUCUGUAUCAAACGUUACUCGAUGAAUUAAUUGAUAUGCAAGUUCUAAAAGUUAUGAAAUCGGUUCAAGUAUAUGAACUUCUCAAUAAAUUUCCAUUAGGAAUUAAAAUAAAAUUUAGUCAUUACUUAGAAAAUUGGCAAAAUGUUCAGAAUGGAUCAUCAAAUAAUAAGUUGGACACUGCAAUACUACCAAAAAAUACCAAGUCCUUCGUCCAAGAUGAACCUGUUGUUGAUAUAAAUCUGGGUGAUAUAUUAACUUCAUCUACUACUGGAUCAAUGAUUAUUAAUUAUUAUAAGAUAAACAAUAAGUUAAAUGACAAUAUAAGAUCGUUAUUAGUGGAGACUGUGAUUAGUUAUAUUAUAACUACAAAAAAACAAAUGUCAGUUAAUUUAGCUGACUAUAUUGGGAAUCAAAUAAUUGCAAUGUUUCCAUCUGAAGUAAAAGAUACAUAUUUUAUGAAACAUGAAACAAAUAAAAACCCUAAAGGUAAAUUGUAUGCUAAAUUUUACAAUUCUAUGAGAGCUUUAAAAACUAGUGGCCUUAUAAUACCUUCCAAUGCUCAUGUUAAAGUUCCUGUAAAAUCAAUAAAUCGCAAGAAUUUUGAACCAGAAACUGGUAUUGAGUACAUAUUAGAUCAAAUUAUGCAUGACAAAAAUUGUUCAUUUCCUGAUCUUGAGAAUAACUGGAAAGCUACGACAAACUAUAGGUUAAAUGAAAUUCAAAAAGCAUCAACAACCAGUGAUAUAUUAAACAAAUGGAUUGGAUUUACACUAUCUCUUGGAUACAGACUAAUUGAUAUUGAUUUUUGUACAUUGUACCCCAACUGCCCUAACUUAGUAUCAAUUUUUGAAGAAAAAUCAGAAAAAUUGAUGGAUUUACUAAAUGAAAAAAUCAAAGAUAAUUCAAGUCGUAUGCUUUUUGAGAAUUUGAAGAAUUCAUCAAACAUUAUAUGUCAAAAUGGUAAAAAUACAGUGUUAUUUUAUUUAUUGCAUGCAAUAUUUGUUCCUACGUCCAAAAAGGUGACUAAAGAUGAUAAGGGGAAAAAAAGCUUGGUGAAAUAUUCAAUCAAAGACUCUCAGAACAGCUUUAUGAUCUUCAAAAAUUCAGUUUGUGAAAUGGAAGAAUAUAUCACAUGCCGCAGCAAAGAAAAAAACCCUAUUCAGCCGUAUAUACUAAUAGUUGGUACGCCAACUGAUCCAAAAGAAAUACUAGUUUUUUUUGAUGCUACAAAAUAUAAAGUGUUUUCCAUUGUACAUGCAAUUGACAUUUGUUUCAAAAUAUUUCAUUUAUUUAAUUUGGAAUAUCCAUCACAAUCAAUAACAGUUUGGAUAUUUAUUCAAAAAUAUUUUUUUUCUUUGACUACAAAGUUUGAUAAACCUUGUCACCUAAUAGGUCAAAUAUUGUCCGAUUUAACUAAUUAUUAA